UGCGCCCCCGGGGGGACUCUGGAGAAAGGGUGGGAUGGGACAGGAGCUCCAGGAGGGGAAAAGUUCCAGGAUCCCCCUCCCCAGCCCUCGGGAGAUGGGGUCUGUCCCACCCCGGGCACCCCAAAAUGUCACCGAGGCACCGGGGCGCCUUGGCCGCCCCUCAAAUCGCGAUGUGAGGCGGGUUCGUUCCGCCUCGGCAUUCCCAAAAAUUCGGGAAGGAGCUGUGGGGGGAGCGGGGCAAUUCUCCUGCGAGGCUCAGCUCAGACAAAGGGCUCAGGCUGCCAGCUUCUGCCGGAGAGGGAAUUCGCCUCUUCCCGCUGGGACACGGCCUGGAAAAGCUCCGGAGAGGGGAAAAAAUCCCCCUCCCAGGAAUUCCAGCAGCCUGGCUGAGGACGGAGGGAUGGAGCCGCUGCUCGGUGUCCUGGCGCUGGUGACGCUGCUGUCCCCAAGCCUGGCCUGUCCCAGCCCGUGCUCCUGCUCCACCAAGAAGAACGGGCGCCUGCUGGCCGAGUGCGCCUACCGGGAGCUGCGGGACGUGCCGCGGGGGCUGUCCCCAAAUGUCACCAUCCUCACGCUCUCCGCCAACCGCCUGGGCCGCCUGGGCCGCUCCUCGCUGGCCGAGGUGCCCGAGCUGCAGUCGCUGUGGCUGGGCUACAACCACAUCUCCUUCGUGGAGCCCGGCACCUUCGCGGCGCUGCCGCACCUCAAGAACCUGGACCUGAGCCACAACCGGCUGGCCGAGUUCCCGUGGCAGGACCUGCGCAACCUGAGCGCGCUGCAGAUCCUCAAGCUGAGCAACAACCGGCUGGGAGCGCUGCCCGGGGGGGCGCUGGCCGGGCUGCGGGAGCUGCGCUCGCUCUGGCUCAAUGACAACGAGCUCACCACGCUGGCCCGCGGCACGUUCGAGGCCCUGCCGGCGCUGGCGCAGCUGCAGCUCUUCCACAACCCCUUCAACUGCUCGUGCAAGCUCUUCUGGCUCAAGGAGUGGGCGCACAGCACCUCGGUGGUGCUCUCCAGGGCCGGCUCCACGCUGUGCGCAGCCCCGGCGCGGCUGCGAGGCCGCGCGGUCACCGAGCUGCCGGGCUCGCUGUGCGUGGCACCCUCGGCUCAGCUCACCUACCUGUCCAGCCCGGCCAAAGCCGGGCCUAGGGACGGCCUAACGCUGAGCCUGCACUGCAGCGUGGCCGGCAGCCCCCCGCCCGAGAUCCGCUGGCAGAUCCGCACUGCAGCCGGCCGCGUGGACAUCCACGGACCAACGGUGGCGAGGGACGGUGGCACCAAGGCGAGCGGCCAGCAGCGCUUCCUGGCCUUCAAGAACGGCACCAUGGCCAUCCCCGACUUCGGCAAGGAGGACGAGGGCACCUACACGUGCGUGGCGGUCAAUGACGUGGGGACACGCGACGUGUCGGUGAGCGUGGCGCUGUCCGGCUCCGAGCUGCCGGCGGAGGAGCUGCCCCGCGAUGACCCCCAGGCCAUCCCCGGCGGGCACAGCUGUGCCAAGGGCGACCAGCCCGAUCCCUCCGCCAUGGGCGAGAAGCUGCUCAUCGUCUACCACGUGCCCAGGGAGGUCCGGAGCGCCGCGGGGAACCGGGAAUUCCGCCUGGGAAUUCUGCCCGUGGUUCUGGGGAUGCUGCUCUGGUGAAAGGGCAUUUCCCUUUUUUCUGUAGUUGGUUUUUUUUAGCGCCUUUGCUGAGCUUCUGGUACCCGACCCAGGGAGGGUGGCCCGGCCCCUGGCGCUCCUGGAGGAGCUCAGGGAAUGUGUGGGGCAGAUCCAGCCGGGAUCCCAACGCGCCACACCUCGCUUUUCUCCCUGCCCAGAUCCGAGCGCGGCCGCGGGAGGUGACAGUGGUGACAAUCCCACCCCAGAGCCACCCGGGAGGGAUCCGAGGACAAAAUCCCUUCCCCGGAACAGAAAAAUCGCCUGGGAGUGGGGUCCUGGGGGCCACAGAGGAUUGGGAAUUCCCAGGUUUUAUCCCCCUGGGAGCCCCUGGAAUGCUGCGGGAAUUCCAACCCUAAAAUCCCGUCUGGGCUGGACCCACCGGGCUGCCCCGCUUGAGCCAAAGAUUCCCAAACCAUUCCCGGUGGGAAUGGGGGAAAGAUCGGGAUGUUCCCAAACCCCUCGGGCAGGAUUUGGGAUCGUCCAUCGCCCCCGGACCGGGACACAGCCGCCGGAAUUCCCGGUGGGAUCUGGGCACGCCCUGCAGCCCCCUGGCCUUGUAGCGCCCUGUAGGGACAGCAGUAAAUGCCUUUAAUUAACGCCUUUAAUUAACGCCUUUAAUUAAGAAAUACCUGUAAUAAACACCUUUAAUAAACCAGUCAUUUUAAUAAAUACCUUUAAUUAAUAAACACAUUGAAUUAAUAAUUACUUGUUAUAAACACCUUGAAUAAACUAAUUUUCUUUUUUUACUUCCUAAACCAGCCGGGCUCCGCUUGGUCUGUGCAUCCCAAAUCCCAAAAUCCUCCAGAGCCGGCGGCUCCUGGGCUCCCCUAGAUUGUCCCCAACAAUCAGGGAUCAGGGGACACUUCUGUCAUUCCCAGUUUUCCCAAAUCAUUCCCAGUCCCGGAGCAUCCUCACAGUUUUCCCAAAACUUUCCCAGCUCUGGAGAAUCCUCCCAGCUC